CACAGUGACAAUUGUCUCUUCUUCCAGAUGUCCUCGAUAUAAAGGAGUGGGGCUUUCAUCGCCUCCUUGACGCAGGAUGUGGACAUGGCUCUCCAGGUCAGAGUUGCUCCAAGCAAGGUUGUUUUGCAGAACCUUGUUAUGUGUGUCAUCCUGUUCUACACUGUGUACUACGUGUCUCUGAGCAUGGGCUGCCUGACGCUCAAGGCAUAUGAGUUGGAUGUCCUGGCUCCAUUUGAUUUCAAAACAAAUCCCUCAUGGCUCAACACAAAUUAUAAAGUUCUAUUAGUCUCAACAGAGGUCACCUACUUUGUUUGUGGAUUGCUUUUUGUUCUGGUUGUGGAAGAAUGGGUUUGGGAUUAUGCUAUUUUAGUAACUAUUCUUCAUGUUGCCAUCACUUCAACUGUUAUGUCGGAAUUCCCCCUGACAUCACAUUGGUGGGCUGCUUUAGGUAUAUUGGAAUUGUUCCAGUUUAAAUUCUCUAAUGAACAAAAAUAAUGUUAAAUAGAACAACUUUUGGAAAUAGAUUUUAUUAUCUCAGACAGAUUUUAUAA